GCCUGACUGUGCCAGGCCAGCCAGAACACACAGAGAUGGCGGCCGUAGCACUGAGGGGGAAAGGGGUGGCUUGCUGGGCCCGGCGCCGCUGCUGCCUUGCAGGGCUGUUCCACAACCGCAGAGGCUGCGCUGGGUUCGCGCUGGACGAUACCGUGAAUGGGCUGAGCCAGGAACAGCAGCAGCUCAGGCAAACCAUGGUCAAAUUCUGUCAGGAGCAUUUGGCUCCAAAAGCUCAAGAAAUAGAUCAGCAGAAUGAAUUUAAAGGCAUGAGGGAGUUCUGGAAGAAGCUGGGGGAACUGGGAGUUCUGGGAAUAACUGCUCCUGCUGAAUAUGGUGGAUCUGGCAUGGGAUAUCUAGAUCAUGUGUUGGUGAUGGAAGAAAUGUCUCGGGUUUCAGCAGCUGUUGCACUGAGCUACGGUGCCCACUCAAAUCUUUGCGUUAAUCAGUUGGUGCGGAAUGGCAACGAAGCACAGAAAGAGAAAUACCUGCCUAAGCUGAUCAGUGGAGAGCACGUUGGGGCUUUAGCAAUGAGUGAAGCCAACGCUGGCUCUGAUGUUGUCUCCAUGAAGCUGAGGGCAGACAGAAAAGGAGAUUAUUUUGUCUUGAAUGGGAACAAAUUUUGGAUUACGAAUGGGCCAGAUGCUGAUGUGCUCAUUGUUUAUGCUAAAACAGAUCCAAGUGCUGUUCCAGUUUCUCAGGGUAUAACAGCAUUCAUUAUAGAGAAGGGUGUGGCUGGUUUCAGCACUGCCCAAAAGCUUGAUAAACUGGGAAUGAGAGGUUCCAAUACCUGCGAACUGAUUUUUGAGGACUGCAAGAUCCCUGCUGAGAAUGUCCUGGGACAUUUGAGUAAAGGCGUCUACGUGUUGAUGAGUGGCUUGGAUCUGGAAAGGCUGGUGUUGUCUGGUGGACCUCUGGGGAUCAUGCAAGCUGUCCUUGAUCAUGCUGUACCAUACUUACAUGUGAGAGAAGCUUUUGGGCAAAAAAUUGGCCAUUUCCAGCUCAUGCAGGGCAAGAUGGCUGACAUGUACACACGGUUGAUGGCAUGUCGACAGUAUGUGUACAAUGUAGCAAAGGCCUGUGAUCAAGGUCACACCAACACAAAGGACUGUGCAGGAGUGAUUCUCUAUUCAGCAGAAUGUGCUACUCAGGUUGCUCUAGAUGGAAUCCAGUGUCUGGGUGGAAACGGCUACAUCAAUGACUACCCCAUGGGUCGCUUUCUACGUGAUGCCAAACUAUAUGAAAUAGGGGCAGGCACCAGUGAGGUGCGGAGAAUAGUCAUUGGCCGAUCAUUUAACUCUGCCUUUAAGUAACUCUGCCAUUAAAGAAUCUCCACUUUUCAAACCAAGAGGCCUUUUGCUUCCAAGACUGAAAAGCGCACAAAUAUUUUUCUACUCCCAGAUCCCAGGAUGACCACUUCUGGCUCUUGGCCUGCUCUCAUUGCAAAUGCUGCUAGAUUGGUCUGAGAAUGUGAUUGUGUUACAGUGGAACACUAGUGGAUAGUUCAAGUGGAAUGCAUGAAUAUCUGUCAUCAUGCCUCAUGCAAGAGAGAAUGAAAUUUUUGUCCAUUUUCCAAGGUGACUUGUUUCAGGAACCAUUGGAACAGAUCUUUAUCCCUAAAACUCUACUUCUGAGGGAUCGAUUUAACAGCUUGAUACUCCAUAGCAUAGCAUUGCACCUUCAGAAGGCCAGCUGACUUCACAGGGAUCUUACAGGGCCCUACCUAUACAGGCAAUAUUAAACCUGUAGUUGCUAAAACUUUAUUAAAAUGUAAGGCAUGUAUGUAUAAAAUGUGCAUUCCUUUUCUCUGUUGCUGCUUACUGAGGUAUAUUAGUACCAUGUGAAGCCUUCAUUCAUUUGAUGGUCUGCCACCUUGUGCUUGAUUCAUGUGAUGAUGUCACCAUCCAUCAUUCUAGAAGCAGUUAAAAUGUCAAAACACUGCAUUGUGCCAUCCAAGAAUGGGUUGAGGAGGAGGAGGCGGCAACUUGAUUGCGGAAUUUCUUUUACUUUUUCACCUUUUUGUGAAGCUUUCCCUUGAUGAUGGUGGCAGCCUAUAUACCUUGCUUUAACAGGCUGGAAGAAAAGAAAGCACAGCAGAUAAGGAGGAGUGAUGGGUUUUACUGUGUUUUGGAAUGGCUUACAACACCACACCAUAAGAAGACUUAAGGGUGUGGGGUUCUUUUAAACUGUGCAGUAAACAGCAGCAUUACACAAUUUCCAAAGAUCUAGGGCCCCUGUUCUAGAAACAGAAAUCCAAGGGUGUUAACUUGAACUUCUAGACUAAUCUUCUACUCUCUUUAUAAAGGAUGCAUAAUCUGCAUUUGAGAAUGUUCUUGGAGCUGUUGUACAUUUGGCCCUUGUGGUUAUUUAACUCACAGAGUCUUUAUCAAUUCUGAAAAUAUAUUUUAUUUUUUAAAGCAAGUUUUUAGCCAUCAUAGUGGCAGAGAUAUGUUUGAAGGUUCAAUUGCAAAUAGUAACGUAGGUCUCUGCACUAAACAAGUUGCCUGAUCCAUCUUGGUGUACAUACUGCAUCUGAAUUCAUGGGUUCUUGGCAUCUCCAGAUCAGAUAGGAGCAUGUAGACUUCUUCCUGAUUCUUGUAAGUGUAUCUGUUAAAGGGCAGUUCUUUUUGAGAAAAUAAGAAAUGGGGAAAUGAUUAGAGCCGGAGGUGCAGAAAUGGAAAGGUGUUUCUAAAGUAUUUUAAAUGUCAUCUUAUAUGUUAACAUAUCAGAAAUGGGAAGGAAUAGCAGCAGUUUUCCUUGAAGACCAUGAAAUGUGAUGGCAGCAGUGAGUCAUAGCUUUAUCACUCAUCUCUGGCUGGAGCUUCAGUGAAACAAUUGUGAAAAAAGAAUCAUUCAAGGGUUUAUUAUAAUAUUCCAAGUUGAAACAGAGGCUGUCGAUGCAAGGAUACUGCAAAAAUCACUCCUUUUUAUGAUCCAGUUGACAACUAUGUUUUUCUAGGCAUCAUGGCCAAUUUCAGACAUGAAGCCACAAUCAGUUCUGAUUAUUUCCAUUUGGGUUUUAAAUGGCUGUCAAAUCAAUGGAGACAAUAUGUACCAAUUUACACCAGAUAGCUGGUUUGAUACAAUACAGUGGUAGUUACUGAAAAAGCAUAAUUUGAACUAGCAGUGAUCUUCAUGCCCAUGUUGUACACAUUCUAUGGGGAAUGAGCCAUUUCCUUGCAUAGAAUAUUGUUCUGGAUAUAUGUGCAAUGCUGUCAGUCUUGGUACAUAAAGUUUCAGUCAUACAGAAAAAUGAACAUUACAAUUCAGAGUUGCUCUCGGCUCCAUGUCUGAUAUUCUUUAUGUUAGGAGCAUAGGAAGCUGCCUUAUACCAUCAGACCAUUGGUCCAUCUAAAUUAUUAGAUGGAUCUAUUAACCAGUAUCGUCUACACCAGGGGUUCCCAACCUGUGGUACACCAGAAGUUGCUGAAUUACAACUCCCAUAAUCUCCAGUCACAAAUUGUGGUUGGGGAUGAUGGGAGUUGUAGUUCAGCAACAUCUGGAGUACCACAGGUUGGGAACCCUUGGUCCACACUGACUGGUAGUGGCUCUCCAUGUUGUUGAGUAAGUUUCCACUGCAAUGUAUCAUAAAAGAGCAACCCUUAUGUAAAUUGGUACAUGUCAUCUCCACUACAUAUACUCUGGUUCUGAAGUUUGCCAUCUGAUACUGUGAGUGCUCUUCAUAACAUGGCAUCGAAGCCCUAUUCACACAUCAUGUUUAACACAUGUACAAUCUAUGUACUUAAGUACAGAUCUGUAUGCAUGUACAGUUAUUCACUUAUGUUCAAUGCAGUAAUAUAGUUCCUAUGUGUACCCUGCAUUUGAGGAGCCAUGUACUCCACUUUACUUUUGAAGUGAAUGCAUCUGCUAACUUGGCAAAGAGGCACCUUUUAACGUGGUGAUUCUCUUUAUUUAGCAGGGGGAGAGUAACUGGCCCUAUCCACCCCCAGCACAGUACCUCCAGGGACUGUUGCUGGUGUCUGUCUUAUGCUUCUUUUUAGAUUGUGAGCCCUUUGGGGACAGGGAUCCAUCUUAUUUAUUUAUUUCUCUGUGUAAACCACUCUGAGCUAUUUUUGGAAGGGCAGUAUAGAAAUCAAAUAAAUAAAAUAAAUGUACAGUCAUUCACACAAAGUCAUGUAUGUGUAUAUAGAGAUUUGUAUGCCUGUACAACGUAAAAUUUAUUUAUUUAUUUAUUACAUAUCUAGACCACCCCAUCCAAAGGCUUUGGGCAGUGCAAAACAAGUUUUAAAAACAUAAAAACAAACAUUUAAAACACACUGCUUAACACAAUAUACAAACAAUUUUAAAAUGGUUCAGAAUCAUUUAAAACCAAAUAAAAUACUUUAAAACACUAGCCAACCCCACACAGAGCAUCUGUGUGGCACUUUGGGGCCGGCUGUUUCCCUCUCCCUCUUCCUCAUGCCCUGGUCUCUCCUCUCCUCCCAUUCCUCCUCCCACACAGAGCUGCAGCGUGCGGCCAAGAAGGGCCCCACCCCCGCUGUUUUUUCUUCCUCCCGUCCGCCUGCCGCCACUUUUCUUCCGCCCCCGCCUUUCUCUCCCCCCGCCGGCGGCCCGCCCCCGCCUUUCUCUCCCCCCGCCGGCGGCCCGCCCCCGCCUUUCUCUCCCCCCGCCGGCGGCCCGCCCCCGCCUUUCUCUCCCCCCGCCGGCAGCCCGCCCCCGCCUUUCUCUCCCCCCGCCAGCGGUCCGCCCCCACCUUUCUCUCCCGCGGCCUGCCACCGCCAGCACUUUCUUCCCCUUCUUCUCCUCAGUCCUCCUCACUUUUGAACUCUUGCAGCAUGUCGCAAGAGUUCCAUUGCCAAAUCCUGGGCACACAUGUCCCAAGAGAAUUAAAUAUAUAGAAGUCCACUCAUCCCCUCUGGCACCAGGCCAGGGCCAGUCCAUCCCGCUGCCUCCCAGCCCAGGCUGCAGCCGAGAUGGUCCCUCCUCACAAUGGGCCGGGCCAACCGGCGCCCAGCCAAUCAGGUGCCUCCACUGGCCAAAUGGAGCUCAGCCAAUCAGGUGCCUCCCUCGCCGGCAAGCAUUGCAUUGCCUUGCCAUUGCCUUGCCACAUCCCCACGCUGGCUGGCUAAGAGAAUUAAUCAUAAAGAUUAUCUGAAUCGGGUUUUACAAAAUAUACAGUAACAAUAUCUCUGAAAAGGGCUUUAGCAUUCAGGUGAUGUAGAGCUUGCAAAGGCAAAACUCAUCCAUAUUAAAAGCUUCAUGAGAUGUAUGUAAGAGGAGGAAUCCAUAACUCCUUUCAAGAGAUCAUUAAUCAAACACUGGAUGGACACAUGGCAGUUUCCAUGUGUGACUGUGAUGAAUGCAUUGAGUGACUUUUUCACAGGUUACUUUUGAGUCUUUUAAGGGGCUUUUGCUGUGACAAAACAUGGGAAAUUGUUGGCUAACUGCUGGUAGUUCUGUUACUGUAAUCAUGUUGAUAAAAGGCAUUUGAUUACAAAUAAAGUUAUCUUCUCUAUUUA